AUGUCCUGCCAACAGAGCCAGCAGAAGUGCCAGCUUCCUGCCAAGUGCCUCCCCAAAUGCCCACCCAAGUGCCCUCCUCAGGCCCCUCAGGCCCCUCAGGUCCCUCAGGCCCGUCCUCCCUGCCCGGCGCCCUGCCCACCUCCUGCUCCCUCCUGCUGUAUCCAUAGUUGCUGUAUUUCUGACUGCUGCUCUCUGGUGUCUCACCGGUUUCCAGACGUCUGCCUAGGCCAGCCCCAGCCUUCCUCCUGCUGUGUCAAGGAGACCUGA